AUGUUUCCCUCUUUAAGCGAGUCGUCGACAUGGAUUGCGUGUGGAGUCGCGAUGAUAUACAUUUUAGAACAAGGCACUUGUUUAGCCGUUCAUUCAGCCUUGCCACAGAGGCAAGGAGGGCAAUGGGAAAUUACACGACGAUCGGCAGCGCAGUUGCAGCAGGCAGAACCGAUGAGCGGCAUAUAUGACGGUACCCACCCAACACGUUUUGCGCGGUUUGCUGUUCCGGGGUCAAUAGAAGAGCAUCACGACGGAAACGCAGAGCCAAAUGGGGAGUAUGGUAAAAUCGUGAGGCCUGGAAUUCCAUCCGGCCACGGGUUACGGCGUGUGCUUGGCGAUUUGGAGACAUGCGCCGAAGACAUCUUCAUGCCCUUCGCUUCGGAAACGGAUGCAGAACAACCGGUGACGGUUUCGGGCUCGAAGUUGCGGUCGUGCAGAGAGGCAAUCUUCUCGCUCAUCCGAUGGUUGGAUACUCAACGGAAAGAAAUACAUGCCCCUGCUGAGAAGAAUCCUUAUCUACAAAGCAGUGGUUUGCAGGACAGUAAUUCUCGGGAUGCGGAAAAAUCAUAUGAUAAGGGGGAAAACACCAUCGAGAAACGGGCUUCGAUGGCAAAUGUAAAGCAGCAAAGUUGCGAGGUGACCGAUUGCCGCCCGUUCGAACGCCCACAUGUAUACUCCUAUGCCAUGGAGACGUCAGCAGAGAAAUCGAAGAUGUGCAAAAUGUGCAAUCCCCGAAACGAAGAACUCAUCAGAAGGCAUUUUACGAAGCAACGCCGACGACUGCGGAACAUUCUCUAUCUUAUUCUCGGCAUAGUCAUUGCAGUAUCGAGCGCUGCAACCGUAGUUGUUUGCGUCCGCAAAGCGAAAGGGAAGAGUCGGGACACAAGUCGAGUAGGUCCCGCGUGUAGCAGCGAACAGGGAGGUGUGCUCCCCGGUCUCAUAUCAACAAUCCGAAAAUCCAGAGGCGUAAACCGAAGGUCAGAUGUGGAAACUCAAUCUACAGCGUCACAGCUCAGUCCAGAACAAGAUGGCCACAUUUCACCAGUCCGACGCAGCGAUUCGUUCAAGCUGAGAGGAUACGCGGGAAGAACGAGGCCGACUACGCCGACAGCCUGGGAUGAGAAAUAG